GUGAUUUAAAUGUUCUUUAUUUGGUCAUAAGCUUUCAAAUGUUCCGUAAUGAACAGAUACAAUUUUUAUAAUGAAGAAAAAUACUAAGAUAUGUUAAAGUUCCAUUCCUGAAUUUCAACUGGGCCCUGGAGGCAGCCCGGCUCUUACUUGCCACCACUGUCACGGCUGCAUCAGCUCAACGGGCACUCGAUCUCCUCACUAGAGGAGAACCCUGCCAACGACCGGGACGCGCUGCCCUCGCUGGACCCCCUCGUCUCUCCCCGCACUUCCCUUUCUCCUCUUUUGAAAUAUUUUACUUUUCUGGACUGUCCACGGUUUUCACAACACAUUGCUUUUCUCACCAGAACAACCCUGCAGAGACCCCGUGACCCUGACUCGCGGCGCCAGCGCGCCCCCGCACGGCCGGCCGGGGCCCUGCUCCGCGAGCUCGGGCCGCGCCCUCGCCGGCGCUCCGCCCGCUUCCGUCUUCCGGCCACUGCGGACUCUGCCCUGUGCCCCCGGUCCCUAGCGGGUUAUGGCUCCGCUACGCUUCUCCGCUAACGUGUCCUGGUUGUUCCCGGAGCUCUCCGGCCUCCCCGCGCGGUUGCGGGCGGCGGGCAGCGCGGGCUUCGAGGCCGCCGAGGUCGCCUGGCCUUACGCGGACCCGCCGGAGGCGCUGGCGUGCACGGCGCGAGAAGCGGGGCUGCAGGUGGUGCUCAUCAACACGCCUCCGGGAGAUCGAGAGAAGGGGGAAAUGGGACUGGGGGCCGUUCCCGGGAGGCAGGCGGCCUUCCGAGAGGGGCUGGAGCAGGCGGUGCUGUACGCCAAGGCUCUAGGCUGUCCCAGGAUUCACCUGAUGGCUGGCCGCGUACCACAGGGUGCCGAACGCGCAGCAGUCAGGGCUGAGAUGGAGACAGUUUUUCUGGAGAACCUGAGGCAUGCCGCUGGGGUUUUGGCUCAGGAGAACCUCGUGGGACUGCUGGAGCCCAUUAACACCCGCCUCACUGACCCCUGGUACUUCCUGGACUCGCCCCACCAGGCGGCAGCGAUCUUACAGAAGGUUGGAAGACCCAACCUCCAGUUACAAAUGGACAUAUUCCACUGGCAGAUCAUGGAUGGGAACCUGACGGGGAACAUCCGGGAGUUCCUGCCCAUUGUUGGGCAUGUGCAGGUGGCACAGGUCCCAGGCCGGGGGGACCCUGGCAGCCCUGGAGAGCUGAACUUCCCCUAUUUAUUCCAACUGCUGGAAGAUGAAGGCUACAAAGGCUUUGUAGGUUGCGAGUACCAGCCUCAAGGAGACACAGUGGAGGGCUUGAGUUGGCUACGCUCCUACUGGGACAGGCGGGGCCGCCCGCAGGCCGGCCAGUGAGGCCCUGCCGCCCGCCCACAUGUCUCUGGGACAGUGAGCUGAGCAUCCUGUGAAUUAAAGACAACCUGUUGAACGUG